CUGAAGAGGUCGAGUGCUCCCAACAUGUUACCAAUCAUUGUCUUAAGUCUUUGUGCUUUCGCCUACGGCGAACACAUCACCGAUGUGGUUCACAACCAUUUAAAUCUUGAGGAUUAUCAUUUCCCGGUAAUCGUCAAUGGAGUUCCAGUCGACACCCCCGAAGUGCAGAGGGCUAGAGAGCAACACUUGGCUGCUGUCCAUCAAGCCAAGAUUCUCGCCGCAGAACACGACGAAAGACAAACCAGGGUGGUUUACAAGCCAAUCAAACGGUGGAAUCUGCAGCCAAUAUACAACAUUCCUUCGCACGGUUGGAGGGCAAAGAGGAGUCUUUUAGAAGAAGAAGAAGAGCAUAUUCCCUUCUCUCAGCACCUGGAAAAAUUGACAACUGAGUCAGUUUGGCCUCAACCACAAACUUCCGUUUGGCAUUCAACUUCCACAAAGUGGGUCCAACCGCAAACAUCCGUUUGGACUCAACCUAAACCUUCCACAGCUUGGGUGAAAACACCAUCCCAAUGGAUCCAACCACAAGCCCAAAAAUGGAACAAUGUGAACAAAGUAACAGAAACCAAAUACCAGAUUAAUCACCCAGCGGUCACUCAAACUCAAGCUUGGCUCGAACCACAACACGUCCCCGUUUUAGAUAAAUACGGAGUACCAGAAGAAACUCCCGAGGUUAAAUUAGCUAAGGAACAACACCUUUGGGCCAAGGAACAAGCCGAAAUCAACCACAACUUGUGGACGUCACAAACUGACGGAUGGAAGGCACAAUCCAAUCAAUGGAAACCACAGUCUAACGUCUGGGUUGUUGAUUCGAAGCAACCGUACUCGACCGCACAGAAUAACGGCUGGAACGUUUGGAACAAGGAACAACACAUUCCAAAAAUCACCAUCCAUGGAGUUCCCGAGGAGACGCCGGAAGUACAGUUGGCCAAAACGCAACAUUUGGCCGCUCACGCUCACGAACAAGCCAAACACUCUGGUUGGAUUGGACGGCAAGCUAAAUGGUGAACGUCGAUUUUUAAUUGAAGGCUUUUU